AUGAAGAGAACGAGUCCCACCCUGGCGCUCCUAUUCCUGCUCCUCGCGGUCCAGGCCCUCGCGAUCCAGGCCCGCGAGAUCCAGGCUCAGCGAUCGGGGACGAACGCGACCCGCACGGAGGAGAAAGGAACGGCGGAGGCCUCCCGCUGCAACCUGUUCGGGAGGCAGUGCCUCGUCCCGAACGCGGCCGGGAUGUCGACGGCCCUCGCCGGCUGCACGAGCGACUCCGACUUCACCUGCUGUCUCUGUCUCGCGAAGAUGGUGUUCCUCAUCGUGGUCGCCGCGGUGCCCAUCACGAUGGUCGCCGCGCUCCUGGCCACCGUUCGUGCCAUGAAGCAUGGACACCUGGUGCACCUCGCCUGGAUCCUCGGACUCUUCUCUCCACUCGGGAUCGCCUUCGUCGAGGGAAAGGGCCUUUUCAGACCAAACCAAGGUCAAGGUCAAAGUCAAGGCCCGUUGAUCGGCCUCGGCCUGAUCGACCUCGCGACGUCCUACUUCUUCUGCGUCCCCUGCGCCAAGGACAACUACCUCGGCAUCCUCCUGAACGCCCUCGUCUGCAUCGACGAGCGGGACGUCACCUGCUGCCUCUGCUACGUCCAGGCCCUCAUCCCCAUGUAUCAGAGCCUUCUCGGCCAGAAUAACACGGCCAGGCUCGAUGGGAUCGCGCGGCGAGUGUUCAGGCGGGCAGAGUUGGAGGCUCCGCGCGCUUCGGCUUCCCCGAGUGUUUCGUGAUUCAUCAUUGCUUGGCUUCGGUCGUCGUGACGUCUGGAUGUGUAACGCAGGGAUUUAAUUUUGCUGGGUUUUGGAGGUUCGCGUUUUCUCAGACUUCAAAAAUUUUUUAAAUAUUUUUUGAGUGAUUAAUGGGCAUUAUUGAAAUUUGCUGGAAGAUCCAUUUGGAACACUUUACGAAUGACAAGUUACCGGAAAAUUGUUCGCAGUCACUCGAUUCACCUUGUAUAAAAUAUCACCCGCUUUGUGUAUUUGCAAAGAAAGCCAAUUGCCCUUCAUAAGGCAUUUUUUUUUGUCCAUCGUGUGAAUAAAAACGCC